ACAGGAGACUUAUUUUCGUACUCCAAUCUCUGCCCAAGAUAGGUAAGUCGGUGUACCGUGGACAGGUAGCUUUGCUUUUUAACAAUUUUUUUAAAUUAAUAUUCUAGGUUAGCCGUAACACUUCGGUUUCUUGCCACGGGAGAUUCAUAUACUAGCCUACAGUAUCUAUUCAGAAUUUCCAAGCAGUCGAUUGGGCGUGUAGUACCCCAAGUUUGUGCUGCACUAAUUAAGGAAUUGCAGGGAUAUAUCAAGCUACCUAAGACUCCCACAGCUUGGAAACAAGUUAGCAACAUAUUUGAAACUCGUUGGAACCUUCCUCAUUGUGUUGGUGCCCUAGAUGGAAAACACGUUGUUUUACAAGCACCAGUGAAAUCGGGUACCGAAUUUUUCAAUUAUAAAUCCAAUUUUAGUAUUGUGCUUUUCGCACUGGUUGGUGGUGAUUAUAACUUUAUGUUUGCUGACGUAGGCUGCCAAGGAAGAAUUUCUGAUGGGGGGUUUUUAAGGCAAGCAAAUUAUAUCAGCAGCUUACAGAAAACAAACUAGGACUUCCAAACACCAGAAGAACUAGAAGGAUGUUCUAUGCAAAUACCGUAUUUUUUGCCGACGCUAGCGCAUUUGCUUUAAGCGAAAAUCUCAUGAAGCCCUUUACUGGGGACUUUCCAAAAGGAACUCCUCAACGAAUUUUCAAUUAUCGUUUGAGUAGGGGUCGUCGCAUAGUUGAAAACACAUUCGGUAUAUCAAGUGCAGUGUUUAGGGUGUUAAGAAAACCAAUGCUCUUAGAGCCUGCAAAAGCAGAGUGGGUUAUAAUGACAGUCAUUCUUUUGCAUAAUUAUCUCAGAAAACACUCACCAAAUAUUUAUACCCCUUUUGGCACAUUAGACUAUGAAGUUAAUGGAAAUUUAACUGAGGGAUCAUGGAGAAAUGAAGGAGAUAUGACGUCUAUGGUACCUAUACGAAAUAUUCCUCGAAGACCCACAAACUAUUGUACAAAAGUUAGAGAUGAAAUCGCUAAUUAUUUUAUAAAUACUGGAGCUCUAGAAUGGCAGGACCAAUAUGCUUGAAUUUAUAACAAUAAUUACUUACCGUAGCAAGUCUUUUUCGUGGCAAAUCUCUGUCUUCUAAAAACCUAAACGCUUCAUAGGCAAACCAUCUGCUGCAAUAAACUUCAUCUCUUCCUGAAAAUUAAAAUCGAGAUUAAAAUUAUAUACGGCAAGUGAAC